UCCAUGCUCCAAAAUCAUACUUCAACAGUUUUACUGGCUCCCACAAUAACGCCUCCUCUCAGCUCGCUCUCAAAAUGUCCUCGUCUCCCACACUUGCUCUCAGUCCAGCUGUGCCUGUCAAGUGCUAUUUUCUCCGAAACCAAUCGGCUCUUUCUCCGUUUCUCAGACCUUGCACCUCACUUCAUGUUCCCUUCAGAUCCCUCAUCUGCCGCUGCUCCACCGAUCGUGAAGAGGAUCGAUGGCUCCGUGAAGAGCAGCGCUGGCUUCGCGAAGAGCAGAGAUGGCUUCGCGAGGAGCAGCGCUGGGGUCGCGAACGCGACUGUCUCCUCUGCGAGAUUUCUGACCUUAAGCUCCAAAUUCAAUCUCUAGAACGCCGGAUUUUGGCCCCUGAGGUGUCAUCUUCUUCCUCGUCUUCGGUCUCCGAUGCUAUUUCGAAUGUUUCGGCGUUGUUGCAGGUUUUGAGGGAUAAGAACAGUAAUUUGAUUGCAGAGAGUGGGUCCAGUUCGCGGGAGAUGGUGCUGGAGGAGAAGAAGGUCGAGCAAAAAGAGAUUGUGAAGGAGGUGAUGGUUGACGACGCCGCUAGGAUUUCAGAUACAAAAGUGGAGAAGAGGGUAGAAAAGAGGAGCGCCUUGAGGACGGGAUCGGAAGGAGAAGAGGUUAGAGAGAUGCAGGAAGCACUGCUAAAGUUGGGAUUUUACUCAGGCGAGGAAGACAUGGAAUAUUCCAGCUUUUCAAGUGGAACUGAACGUGCUGUGAAGACUUGGCAAGCAGCAUCUGGAGUCCCUGAAGAUGGCAUCAUGACAGCUGAACUCCUUAAAAAACUAUAUAUGGAGAUAAGGAUUGAAGAUUCUGGUGGUGUGAAGGAGAAAGAACAUUAUAAUACUGUUUUAUCCAAGGAAGUUGCAAAUGGAGCACCCGUUACUUCCGUGGCAGAAACUGAGUUCCAGGAAACUGUUGUGGGAGAUGGUGAUACAGAAAUAGAUGUUUCACAUCGGCGGGUCUUCCUCCUAGGAGAAAAUCGAUGGGAAGAACCCUCGAGACUUGGUGCCACUAAAGCAGUUGAGAAGGGGAAGACCGGGGAUGUAACUACAAAAUGCCUUCAAUGUCGUGGGGAAGGUCGCUUGUUAUGUACAGAAUGCGAUGGAACGGGCGAACCAAAUAUAGAACCACAGUUUUUGGAAUGGGUGGACGAGGGCGCUAAAUGUCCAUAUUGUGAAGGCCUAGGGUACACAAUCUGUGACAUUUGUGCUGGGAAAACCGUAACAUAGGUAUGAUAUACGUUUCUUCAGAAUUCAGAUACAUGUAUGUCAUUGUCUACAUCAAUGCGACUCAUUAUGUGAUGUGAUAAAAGUUUCAGCGGUAGGGAAGUGAUCUAUUUAAUUUCAUAAUAGAAGGGGUUAAGUGUAGUAUAUAUUGUUGAAACAAAAUGUAGGAUAUUAUGUUAUCGUGUUUAUAAAAUUUUAGUGAGGAGUAUAGAAGACUUGCUUAAAUUUGAUGAGUUGUACAGGCUUUUGCUCUUUAAAUAGUGGUUAGGGGAUUGAUUUCUUGCCGCGAUGGAUUUAGAAAUUCAAACCUCGGGGCAAAUUUGGAAGUUACCUAAAAUAGAAGGGUUAUAAUUAACUUUGACAAUUUUUACAAAUAAAAUAAAAACAAAUUUGAAAGAGAAUUGAAGCUCCCAUCUUUAUUCCCUUUAGAUUCGUCAGCCUAUGUGGAGUGGGAGCAAAGCUUUUACAGUAAGGAUCCAUAAAUUUUUAUAAAAUGUUUUAAAUAUUUUUUUAUCAUGUUAUUAUAUUUUUAAAACAUAAAAUUUUCUCUCUUUCUUAAAGAGACAAACUUUAAAAAAAUUAUGAAAAUCAUAAAGCUUCUACCUUUUAGCGUUGGGGGAAGUAUCACAAUUUUUAAUUUUUUUUUUAACCACAGUUAGAUGCCAACAAAAUAUUAAAAAAUAAGUUGCAAAUAUUUAGAUAAUUAUAAACAAAACUUUCACGAAUUAUAUUUAAAAUUUAAAUGUUAUUAUAAUUAAAAUUCUUAAAUUUGUAACUAUCUAAAUUAACAUUUAUAAUUUAUUUUACUCAAUUGCUGGCUGAAGUUUAGCCACUGUGCCUUUCUUGAUACCUUUUCUUUCAUCUAAUCCAUCGGGCAACAUAAUAAUCAAAUACAUAUAACCUCCUAAAUGCAAAAAGUCAAUUUUUAAUUUUCAUCUUUAAAGUAUCACCAAGCAUGUAAAACAACGCAUUUUCAACUUAUGAUUACAAAUUUGUCUUCGGCUUGCCAUGACCAGCAACACGCCUAGUCAGUGAUCGCAUGGUCACGAAUUCCUCAGCCGCAGACGGGUGUAAUCCCACCUACAUAGGCACAUGUUAAUACAUACUUUGCAGAAAAGAGAAACUUUUUUCCCCAAAAAGAGAAGCUCUUCAAAAGACGAGAAUAUUCCGAAACACCAAAUCUUGGUCUGCUUAUUCAUAUCAUUUUUAAGUAUGCUAUGAAAAACUACUCAAACACGAACGUGAAUUUUAUGCUAAUAAAGCCAAUAGGCGUAAAAAAAAAAAAAA